CAAUCCUGACGCGGAGGAGGCGGGUCCUCUCUGAGUUCCGGCUCCGGCUUCUUCCUCCGCCCACCGAGGCGGCGCUGUCCCUGAUCGAGCUGCGGGAGCGAGGGUUCAGAGAUGAGCAGUGAGAAGGAGCAGAGUCCAGAAGCACACCUGCCUGAGGAUGGGGAAGGGGGGAAGCCUUGGAGAGUGGAUGGCUCAGAGGGUUCUCAGAUUGCAUCCGAGGAGGAACAUGGGCAGGCAAGCCUGUCGAAGGGACUUCAAGGAACACAUCCCAAAAUGCCAUGGCAGACAGUCUCUGCCCCAGCCGAGGGUCCUGGGAACCCCAUUGCCUUUUCAAGCCCAGAGGUGGAUGAGAAGCCUUUUGUAUGUGUGCAGUGUGGCAAAACCUUCAACAAUACCUCCAACCUCAGAACACACCAGCGGAUCCACACUGGUGAGAAGCCAUACAAGUGUUCAGAGUGUGGCAAGAGCUUCUCCCGAAGCUCCAACCGCAUUCGGCACGAGAGGAUCCACCUGGAAGAGAAGCACUACCAAUGUGCCAAGUGUCAGGAGAGUUUCCGGCGGCGCUCAGACCUCACUACACACCAGCAAGAUCACCUGGGCCAGCGGCCAUACCGCUGUGACAUUUGUGGCAAGAGCUUCAGCCAGAGUGCCACGCUGGCUGUCCAUCACCGAACCCACCUGGAGCCAGCACCUUACAUCUGCUUUGAGUGUGGGAAGAGCUUCAGCAACAGCUCCAGCUUUGGGGUGCACCAUCGUACCCACACAGGUGAGAGGCCUUACGAGUGCACCGAGUGUGGGCGGACUUUCAGUGAUAUCUCCAACUUUGGUGCACACCAGAGAACGCACAGAGGGGAGAAGCCAUACCGGUGCACCCUGUGUGGGAAACACUUCUCCCGAAGCUCGAACCUCAUCCGACACCAGAAAACACACUUGGGUGAGCAGGAGGAGAAAGAUUCUUGCUAAAGGGGAACCCUGCUUGACAGGAGAAGGCAUUUAAAUAGCACCUGCUGCGGCCACCUUGGCUGCAAACCCUUUACUUUGUAGAAUGGGCCCUUGUUGCCUUUGGAAUCAGGGAACCCUGCCUCCUCUCAGGCAGUUUCUUGCCUUGGAGAAUCAGAGUGCCCAGUCUUCACUUCCUCAGGGGUAGAGAAAGUGGGAUAGGCUCAGGACAUGUUCUUGUCACUGGGACACCAGUCCCCUGGCUUUGUGGGAAGUGCCUGAGGUGGUGUCACUGUCUGCAGACACACUGCAGUGGCCUGUGAGUUCCUACCUGCUGUGCCUCAUCCCCUAUCAACUUCUAGAGCCCUGGGGUGGGGG